AUGAAUGGCCAUCGGUCCUUUUCAUCAGUGCCUCCACACACGAAGCUUGAGAUGCCUGCGCUGUCACCAACAAUGGAGCAGGGGAACCUGGGGGCGUGGAAGAAGAAGGAAGGGGACCACAUCGCUGCAGGGGAAGUGCUGGCAGAGGUGGAGACGGACAAGGCCACUCUCGACUGGGAAGCUGUCGAGGAAGGCUACCUGGCGAAGAUAUUGGUACCUGCAGGGACCAAGGACUUGAAGAUUGGGACGCCGCUGGCGAUCGUGGUGGACGACCAGAGCGACGUCGCCGCGUUUAGUGACUAUGUAGAACAGGGCAGCGCCUCCGAACCCUCCCCCCCUUCAACGCCGGCGCCGGCAGCAGCUGCCCCAGAGGCCAAGCCCGCCGGCAGCUUUCCAACCUUCACUCCCCUGUCGUUCCCUGCCCUUUCCCCCACGAUGAGCCAGGGCAACAUCGUGAGCUGGGCAAAGAAGGAAGGCGAUGCGGUGGCCCCAGGCGACGUGUUGUGCACUGUGGAGACGGACAAGUCCGUUCUGGACUGGGAGGCGCAGGAGGAGGGCUUCAUUGCAAAGCUGCUGGCGCCCGACGGUGCAAAGGACAUACCCAUUGGUGCCACGGUGGCAGUCAUCGUGGACGAUGAGUCCAGCAUCCCCGCCUUUGCGAGCUUCACAGCAGCUGACGCACUUCCAACCAGCACGCCAGCAACUUCUGCCCCAGCAACAUCUGAGCCAGCUCCAGAACCAUCGCCUGUUGCGGCUGCGCCAGUGACACCAGCGCCCCUGGCGGCUGCUGCCCCACAGAUCAAGCAGGCUGCUCCAGGGACCCGUGUCAUCGCAAGUCCAUAUGCCAAGAAGCUUGCUGCAGAAGCGGGGGUGGGCAUCAGCGGGCUGAUGGGAUCUGGCCCAGGGGGCAGGAUAGUUGCGGGUGACGUCGCAGAGCUCAUCGCUUCAGGGAAGGGAGCUGUCCCAACAGAUGCCGCUGCUGCCUUGGGCAUGCCAGGCUUCGUGGACAUCCCGCACACCCAGAUUCGACGAAUAACCGCCAAACGGCUGGUUGAGUCAAAACAGACUGUGCCACACUAUUACCUGACAGUGGAGUGCCGCAUCGAUGAGUUGAUGAGAAUCCGCAAGGACCUCAACGAAAGGCUCGCAAAGGACGGUGUGAAGCUCUCACUGAAUGACUUUGUCAUCAAGGCUGCGGCAUUGGCCCUUAAGAAGGUUCCCGGCAUGAAUAGCUCAUGGCAUUCAGAGUUCAUCCGAGAGUACAACUCGGUGGACAUGACGGUCGCAGUGCAGACGCCUGCUGGCCUCAUGGUGCCGGUUGUGCGAUCUGCAGAUAAGAAAGGCUUGCAACAAAUCUCUGCGGACGUGAAGGAGCUUGCCGCCAAGGCACGCGAGGGCAAGCUCCGGCCCGAGGAGUUCUCGGGCGGCACCUUCACAAUCUCCAACCUUGGCAUGUACGGCGUGCGGCAGUUCUGUGCGAUCAUAAACCCGCCCCAGGCGGGCAUCCUUGCAGUGGGCGCCGGACACAAGAAGGUGGUGGAGGGCCCCGGGGGCACCUUUGGCGAGGUGAACGUGAUGAUGUGCACUGUGAGCUGCGACCACAGGGUGGUGGACGGCGCAAUGGGCGCCCAGUGGCUGCAGGCCUUCCAGGGCUAUGUUGAAGAGCCGCUGUCCAUGAUGCUGUGA